AUGUCGCGAUAUGAUCAGAUCAGACCCGCUAGAGUCCUCUCAAUGGCCAGCCGUCGCAAGCUGUCCGUCCGCGUCCCUGCGACCUCCGCCAACAUUGGCCCAGGCUUCGACGUCGUCGGCCUCUCCCUCUCCCUCCACCUCUCCCUCGUCGUCACAUACCCCUGGGAACCACCCGCAGGAGGCUAUGUCCAGCCAGAGAUCACCUACUCUGGCGAAGGCGCCGACGAGGUCUCCCUCGACGCGUACAAGAACCUGACCACCCGCGUCGCGCUCUACGUCCUGCGCUGCAACGCCGUCCGCCGCUUCCCCUCCCACCUCACAAUGCACGUCGACAACGAGAUCCCCUUCGGCCGCGGCCUCGGAUCGUCAGGCGCUGCCGUCAUCGCAGGCGUCCUCCUCGGGAACGCCAUCGGCAACUUCAAUCUCCCUACUGAACGCCUGCUCGAUUUCGCUCUGAUGGUCGAGCGACAUCCCGAUAACGUGACGGCUGCUCUCGUCGGUGGAUUCGUGGGGUCGUAUCUGAAGGAGCUGGAUGAAGAGGCGACCGAGGCGGCGAGUGUACCCCUUAGCGAGGUCCUCCCGGAGUAUCCCCCCGAUGCGAGUGAGGACUGGGGCCUCAAUCCUCCUGUACCACCGCUAGGCAUCGGCCACUACAUCCGCUUCGGCUGGUCGCAGAGCAUUCGCGCUGUUGCUAUUAUCCCUCGAUUCGAGCUCAGCACCGCAAGGGCACGCGAGGUUCUCCCCACCCAGUAUUCUCGGAAAGAUCUCGUGUUCAAUAUGCAACGACUCGCCGUCCUUACGACCGCCCUCGGUCAAACACCACCCGAUCCCGAUCUCAUCUACGAAGCCAUGAAGGACCGCGUACACCAGCCCUACCGGAAGACUCUCAUACCAGGCCUUCCCGAGGUCACAUCCCGGAUAACACCAGCAACGCAUCCCGGCCUGCUCGGGAUCUGCCUCUCUGGCGCUGGCCCGACGAUCCUCGCUUUGGCAACAGGCGGUUUCGAGGCCAUCGCGGAGGACGCACGGAAAAUAUUUGAGGGCUUUGACAUUUCGAUAGACUGGAAAGUAUUAGAGGUCGUUGGAGGUAGCUCCGUCGCGGAUGCUGCAGAAUGA